UUCAUAGUACUCGAAUGGGAUGUUUUGGGGGCGUUACUAAAUAUAAUACUGUCGCGAUUUUGUAAAUAUUAUUAAUCAUACAUUAUGUAUUUUUUUAUUAAAGCGCAAUAAUUUGUAGUAAAAAAACAAUAAUUAAAAUGGCUCACUCCAGUUUCAGCAAAGUAGAUGAAUAUGGCUUUGAAAGACAUGAAGAUUUUGAUUACGAAAGCUAUGAAGAAUUCAUGUCUGUUUAUCUCAAAGUUUUGGCCUCCAGAGCUCAAAAAUGGUCUAUUUUGCUUGGAGAAGGAAAGUCGGUCAAACGGACUAAUACUGUAAAAAGAUACGUGCGCAAAGGGAUACCCAGCGAGCAUCGUCCGUCAGUGUGGAUGGCAAUAUCAGAGGCUGAUAAAAUGAAAGAACAGAGUCCUGAUUUGUAUCAAAAGAUAUUAGACAGUCCAUUUGAAAAAGAAUUAGUUGAUCUUGUAAAGACCGAUCUACCGCGUACAUUUCCUGAUAAUAUAUACUUCACCAAGGAAGCAAACCAUCAAGCUCAUCUGUUUAAUGUGCUUAUAGCUUAUGCACACAACAACAGAGUCGUUGGUUAUUGUCAAGGACUAAAUUAUAUUGCUGGUUUGCUAUUACUUUCAACAAAGAGUGAAGAAACUUCAUUUUGGUUGUUAAAAGUCUUAGUAGAGAAGAUACUUCCGGAUUAUUACACUAAAACAAUGGAUGGUCUAAUAGUAGACAUUGAGGUGUUGUCUGAACUAGUCAAAGCAAAAGCUCCCGAUGUUCACCAGCAUGUUAUUAACUUGGGUCUACCAUGGGCUGUCAUUACCACAAAAUGGUUUGUAUGUCUGUUUGCAGAGGUUUUACCCAUUGAGACAGUCUUGAGAAUUUGGGACUGCCUUUUUUACGAGGGCUCCAAAAUAUUGUUCAGAGUUUGUCUAACCUUGAUUAAAAACAACCGAGCAUCUAUUAUGGCGUGUAACGAUUUCACCUCCUUAGCAGAAUGUUUUAAGGCUAUUGUGAAGAAUGCCAGUGCAUUGCAUUGUCAUGAAUUCAUGCAGUCAAUUUUUAAAGUACCUGGAACCCUUUCCAACUCGACAAUAUUAAAACUCCGAGCACGUUUUGCGAAGCAACGCCGUGAACAGCAACAGAAGGAGCCACGGUAAAGCAUUUGCUCUGCCAUGUGAAACAAGGAACUUUUGAUCUCAUCUUGUCAAAAGAUUUACCAAAUUUAAUAAUUUUAUUUGUAUAAAAGGCAUUUUUUUAAUAUGCACAACAAUAAAGUGUAUAGUGAAAAGUUCAUUAAAGGUCAUUUUAACUAAUUUAUAAUUUGUAUUAGACAGUAUUGGUAUUACAAGUUUAUUAUAACUUUGUGUUAUUGUAAAUUAAUUUAUAAGUAGUAUUAUUUUAUAAACAUGACAAACAUGUUUGUUUAUAUCACUAAUUUGUUUUGUUCUAUUAUAAUGUUUUUUUAACAAAAUUUUGAUGAGAUUUUCUCUCUAUUAGAUGAAGAAUCAAGACUAUUUGAUGUUAAACUAUUUCCAAAUCAUAAUGAAUUGAAAGAUUGCCCUAAAUAAUCAGCUGUUAGGUACUAGGCAUCCUAGAUUUAAGUAUUUAUUUUACUUAAGCAUCCAUAUGAGUGAGAUUAUUUAUGUAAAUUAUGAUGAUGUAAACUCCCAAAUCAAAUCAAUAUGUUGAUGCUUUAUUUUCAUUGUAAACUAAUAAAUUAUGGGUUUGGUUUCAACAUAUUUAUAAUCAAUUGCAUGUCUGGUUGUUACUAGGUCAUACUAGUAAUAUUUAAAAAACACCAAAAGCAAUAUUAAUUUACAAAUGAGGCACAAACAAAUUGAAGUCAAGAACACUUCGCAAGCUAAAAUCAUUCAUUCACUAUUUAUUAAAAUACUAUUUAACAAGAAACAUAUUAUUGUAUUUCUAAAAUUUAACAACCAUGAAUAUUUCAUUUAAUUGAAAAUAAUAAAUUUAUUGCAUUUUAUAUAGUAGUAAUAUAUAUUCAGUAGAAUUUGAUAUGACCAGUAAGGACUGAAGUUA